AUGCCCCUCAAGAGCCGUAUCCGAUUUCCAGACCCAGAGCCCAACUCGAACGAAUUCACCCUCGGAAAGAUGUCACCCAAAUUUCAAAAGCUUGUUGGAAAGCAUGUUUUAGUUAUUGGAGGCACAUCUGGUAUGGGAUAUGCAGUUGCCGAGGCGAGUCUCGCAUUGGGGGCCCAUGUAACGCUUUCCUCUUCAAACCAGAGCCGCAUCGAUGAGAAGGUCAAAACCCUCCAACAGGGCUAUCCCGCAAGCAAAAUUCAGGGAUUCGUGUGUGAUCUCUCACGCAGCAGCCUCAAACAAGAUAUUGAGGAGCUAUUUUCCAAAGUCGGCAAGCUCGAUCACAUCGUUUUCACUGCAACGGAGCCACCUAAGAUGCUCACAUAUGAUGAGAUUACACUCGAAUACUGGAGAGAUGCGGGGCAAAUGCGUCUUUUUGCACCAUUCUUCGUGGCCCAAGUAGGCUCCAAAUACCUCAACCCUGGGCCUGAGUCCUCGAUCGUUUUGACUACUGGAACAUCCUCUGAGAAACCAAUUGCGGGAUGGCCAGUAGUCGCGUCUUAUGCGGCUAGCCUGAAAGGAUUGACUCGCAAUUUGGCUUUGGAUCUGAAGCCUAUUCGUGUCAAUAUUGUCAGUCCUGGAUUUGUUGAGACGGAACUCUGGGAUCAUCAGCCAGAGGAAGCCAGAAAGGGUCUCUUUGAAUGGAUCAAGACGGUGACAGCUUUGGAGAAGAUUGGGUACCCGGAUGAAAUUGCGGAAGCCUUUUUGUGGUUGAUGAAGGACACCAAUGUUACCGGUAGCGUUGCGGAGACUAAUUCGGGAAUGAAGUUGGUGUAA